UAGGUAUAUCCUCAGACCAUCCCUCUGCAUGCAUCCAUGACUUUCUGAUCUCAGCCGCCUCUUGUUUCCAUAUUUACCUGUUCAGAACGCUUGUCUAACAGAUGUCGCAACCUGUUGGCCUCACAGACUCGAGAAUUGUUAUGGCAGAGCAGAGUAACCACGAUGUGGUAAACCAAACCCUGUCGGGCGGCGAUCCUUCGCCUUCCGACGUUCCUGCGAGCACCGCCGACAAGACACCUGUUGGAGGGGACGCGGGGGAGACGAAAGAUACCGCUACAACGAUACGAGCCGAAACGGGGACGAACGCUCAACAGGGUGAAUACCAGACGGGUGCAGCAGCAGAAUCAUCAGGUCAGCACGGGAAAGGAGAGGACUCUGAACAAAUGCCGAGUGACACUUCGAAGUACGCUCCUGUGCCGGUCGCAGCACGAGCGCUAGAAAUGAAUGGUGUAACUUCUGGGUCGGAUAUUGGGGAGGACACAGCUUCGCAAGGAGGUUCUGAGUCCGACGCAAGUCGGGCUGAGAGCAAACUCCAUGCGCGUGCCGGUUCAAAGAAGCCGACGUCAUUUAAGCCGGUCACUUUUGCCAAAUUUUCGGUUCCCAAGGCGCCUGGCACUCCUCCCAUCAGCAAACCCUCUGAGAAAGCCCCCUCCUCGACUCUGACAACUCCCUUGGGAACGCCGCAACAGACCUCACGACCCCGAUUGGUCGUAAAGUCCACAAGCAGCCUACGGGACUCGUUAUCAAAAUCAGGCAUGAGCGCAUCCAAAGCAGGUGGCAGCGGACCGGGUCCAAAUCAGGUUUGGAAUAAGAAUCGACCGGUUCAACAGACCCCCCCUAAACACCUUACUGAUGAGGAACUGAAGCAACAAUAUGGCAUCCACAUGACUUCUAGAAUCCAAGAAGACGGCGCGGGCACGGAAUCGAAAUGGGCAGAUAUCGAUGACGACGAAGACGACUGGGCCCCUGAGACAAUUGAAUGGACUGACGGGACGAAAACGAACCUUACUCACCCGGAGCCUCCCACAACAGCGCCGAUACCGAGUCAAGAAAAGGCCGUCGCAGACUUCCAAAAGGAUUUUCCUCUGGUCGAGCAAGCUGCGCCUCCAAAAGAACCCCCGAAGCCUGUUCCAAAUAUUCCCAAAACCAUAACGUCAGUUGGUCCAAACCCGACUGUCUUACGACUUGGAGCGAACGCCGAAAGACAAGCUAAGAGCGCUGGUAUCAUCGCGAAGGGACCAAACGACAAAUCUCCCCUGCUAUCGACUAGUCCGGCGCCACCUCCGGCCAAGUCACCCUGGGCUCCUCUUCCCCCGGUCGAGAAAGUGUCACCCGUGAUGCCCUCAAUGCAGGUUCAACCACCUAUGCGCGUCCCCGUCAGGGAGCCCCAUGUUGCCGAUGGUCUCACCGGGGCAUUGCCUCCCAAGGAGAUUGCAGCCGAUGAUUUUAACCGAUCUUGGAGAGAAAUGCAGUCUGGAACACGCGAGCUUUACAACUCUAGAUCGGGUCGUUACGAGCCUGCUCCUGACACCAGGAAAGGGCCAUGGCGUGCUGAGCAAACCUUCCGCACGCCAUCUGUGCUUCAGAGACCAGCACAAGGCGAUCAAACUGGCCCGGCAGAGCCUUCCGCGGCAUUCCAGACGCAUCGUUCGAGUGGUCAAGAUGGUGUGCACUGGACGCGCCGCCGAACAUCUUCCAAUGUCAGUGGUGGAAGCGGCAGUUUUGGACGUCGGAUGUCGGUAGGUCGACCUGACGUGGUUCACAAAGCAUUCGAGUCUAGAAGGGGCUCUCAAGUCAAUGGGAUGCCUGAUUCAUCCGUCUUCAUUAGAGAGGCAUCCAAAGACAUUCUUUAUCGUGAGAUCUCUCCUGAUCGACGUGGCGCUGGCCCUUACUCUGCGCGGGGUCCUACGCAUGUUCAAGAUAAAACUAUCACUGCAUCUGCCGAAGUGAGUCAGGCAGCCGAUGAGCAGACGACAGUGCCGCAGGCGCCUCAGGAAGACCCUGUAGCAAUGCAAGAACGUAUCAUGAAGGAGAAAAGGAUGGAAGCUCGCCAGCGGAGGCUUGAUCAGGAGAAGGAAGAGGAAGCUGCAAAGCGUGAAAGAAUCCGGCAGAAGCUGGAGGCGCUCGGUCCUCCACCAGAGAAACCAAAGUCACUACGCAGAGAAUCAGUCGACACUGGAAAGAAUGAAGCUAAUGCUCAACAAGCUACCGCACAUGUGCUACAUUCCCCUCCGAAACCUCCUGUUCCCGAGCCAAGUGGGGAACCGAAGCAGUAUGGAAUGAUGAAAGUUCACCAUCCCGACACCGUGAAGAAGCUCGUCGAGAGGGAAAGAGCUACGGAGAAAACUGUUGCCACAGCUGGUGUGCGACGCACAUCUUCCCCGGCUCGUGAGCCCAAGCAAGAGGCGCCUUUGCCAAACGGGACGCAGCAGAGCAACAAUAUCCCGGCUCCGUCGUCUGAUCAACUCCCAGAUGCUAAGAUUGACGAGCAGAACCCGCAGUGGAGGGGCAAUAUCAACCCUCCUAGCUCAUAUCUGCCGUGGUCGCCGAAUCCGAAAUUUGUGAACACUGCCCCACCAAUUGCAAACCCCUGGAAGCCUCUGAGCAGUGAUAAGACUUUAGGGAACGGAAUCUUUGAACAGGGCCUUGGGGGUUUCCCAGCACGAGACAUCUCGCUCCGCAGUCACCUAGGUCUGGAUCAACCACCCAUUGCACCAGCACAAACUUUCUCCGCACCCGCGCGGUCUCCGCAAGAAACUACGUCGAUCUCACCUCUACCAUCUCCCGAGGUUCGCCAUGUUCCUUACGAGGUCAUCAAUCCUAUUGGGCGGCCCGGCCCCAUCGGUCCUCCCAGUUCGCAACAUACUCAACAUCGUCAGCAUGAGAACCGUGGUACUGGUACUGCAGCCUGGAACAAUUUCCAUGCGGUUGCUUCCAAGCGUGAGGCAGAAGAGAACGAUAAGAUUCGCCACGAAAUGAGUGCAAUCCCACAAGGGCCUUCGUCGCUUCAGGUUACAUUCAAUGAGACCUGGCGUCAAGUCCGCACCGGGGACCAGGCUGGACAGAGACAGGUGGUUGGAAUUUCGAGAUCGAACGAGAAUAACGCUCCACUUGCAAACCCUCUUCCGGGGCUCGAUCACCCUGUUGGCAAUCUUCCUUUUGCAGAUACGCACGCACGCCCUCUUGGUAGUGUUCCAGUGCGUAGUUCACGCUUCUUCCCACAGGCCACGGAGACUCCUCGGAAGCCAAUGGCUGAUGAAGCCGAGUAUUAUCGAAGCCCUUCCCCACCACCGCCUGAAGAAAUGUCCAGCCAUCCGGUAUACACAGGUGAUUGCAACAGACCACUGGUCCAUCUCCCAGCACCCAAGCCUAUAGUCAAGCUCCCCCCGAAGAUCGUCGCGCCGCCGCCCCCGCCGCCAACUUUCGCCUCAAUGGUUGCUGCACCCCCUCGCACCGGCCCGCAACAUGGUACGACAGCGACUUCCUGGCAGGAAAAGAUCAAUACUUUGUUCGGCAAGAAGACUGUACCGGAGAAGAAGAAUGCUCUGGCGGUCACAUCAGCGACAAAGGAGCCUCUUGAUGUUCAACUUCAUAUUGCUGCCGUCUCGGUUUCUCUGCCCUUCAACGUUGAGCUCACAGUCGGGGACGGCGAGAUAACCGCAAAGCAGGUAGAGGAAGCCGAGGAAAUGUUCGAAGAUCGCGAAGCGGGGUCUCUGCCAGUUGUUCGAGUGCCAACCCACGCUCCUCCGGCAGCAUGGCAAGCCGCUUUACCUCCCACGCAGUCGAAGCUACGAGCCAAGAACUUGAAGUCGAUGCAAAUCCAUAGCAUUGAGCCGUUUUCGGUUGGUUUCCAUGACAGAGACCCCUCCGGAUAUACUCGCGCUACGAUUCGACUUCCAGGCGCUAUUGUUGCGAAGACUGUCUCCCUUCCAAAGAAAUUGGGAACGCCCAACUCCCGGCCGCGCAAUUCCACGACCUACAAACCUCGUAAGAAUACGAAGCCACGUGAGACCCCCGGAGGAUCAGUCUCGAAAAAACCCACCUCAGCUCAGCAGACGAAUGGCGGCAGCUCUCCACGACGUCAAUCUCGAAAUGCGUCCUGGGGCCCCCGCACAUUCAGUGGGUCCCAUUAAACUGGUUCUUUGGAAAAAAAUUUCGCUGGCUUUUGCUGGUUGCCAGAUGUUCAUUGAGCGUUCAUUUCGGUAUUGAUGAGCUACGCCUGCGGGGGAUUUGUUGAUCGGUCUGGGUUCGGUCUGAAUUCUUAGUACUCCUUUAAUCUUCCUUUUCUUUUGC